AUGGAGGGAAGCCAUCGUGCCGGUCCACGAAUCGCAAUAAAACGAGCGGUUCGCAGCACCCGACCCACCCGCAUUCCUCCGCAUCGGGAUCAGAUCCAGAACAUGGCGGUGUACGAGCUCAUCAAGGCCGCCGACGAAGGAAGCGCCGCCUCCGCCGCCGCCGAUCCAAACCACAAAGCCCUCUCCCUCGCCGUCGACAGUCAGAGGGACCUGGAAAACGGCGCCGGAGAAGGCGUCGUGCCGCCGGGUAAGGCCGAGUCCACGGCUCUGAAGCGCGCGCCGCGACUCGUGUCGCUCGAUGUCUUCCGAGGCCUCACCGUCGCGCUCAUGAUCUUUGUAGACAACGUCGGUUCAUAUUUCCCUGCUAUCAACCACUCUCCCUGGGAUGGUGUAGCCCUUGCUGAUUUUGUGAUGCCACUUUUCUUAUUUAUAGUUGGAGUGGCUCUUGCAUUGACUUAUAAGAGAAUCUCAAACAAAGCCAUGGCAACCCAAAAAGCAGUACUUCGAGCAAUGAAGCUCUUUUUUGUUGGUCUUGUAGUUCAAGGUGGCUAUUUCCAUGGUCUUUAUGAUUUAACAUAUGGAGUUGAUAUUUUGAGAAUACGAUGGAUGGGUAUCUUACAGAGAAUAGCAAUAGCAUAUCUGUUAGCUGCAAUAUCUGAAAUCUGGCUUAGAGUUGAUCAAGAUGUGGAGUCUGGAUAUUCCUUGGUCCGACGAUACCGAUUGCAACUGUUGGUGGGUCUUGCCCUAACAUCCAUUUACAUGGUUCUUCUUUAUGGUCUAUAUGUUCCUGAUUGGGAGUAUCAGAUACCUGUGACUGGCUCCACAUUGAGGACCUUCUCAGUUAAAUGUGGUAUGAGAGGUGACACAGGACCUGCUUGCAAUUCUGCUGGCAUGAUUGACCGCAGAGUCUUUGGCAUCCAACAUCUACACAGACGCCCUGUGUAUGAAAGAACUGAGCAAUGCAGUAUAAACUCACCAGCUAGUGGUCCUCUUCCACCUGAUGCUCCUUCAUGGUGCCAAGCUCCUUUUGAUCCUGAAGGAUUACUCAGUUCUAUGAUGGCAAUUGUCACUUGCUUGAUUGGAUUGCAAUUUGGGCAUGUCAUCAUACACUUUGAGGAUCACAAGGAGAGGAUCGUGCAGUGGAUGAUUCCUUCCUUUUGUCUAUUAGCACUAGCCUUUUCAUUGGAUUUCUUUGGAAUGCAUCUGAACAAGGCUUUAUACACGCCGAGUUACACCUGCAUCACUGCUGGGGCUGCUGGGGUCAUGUUUACUGGAGUAUACGUGCUGGUCGACGUCUAUGGCUACAGGAAGCCAACCUUGGCCAUAGAAUGGCUGGGGACGCAUGCACUCAUGGUCUACAUUCUAGUAGGUUGCAACAUCUUCCCUUUAUUUAUCCAGGGGUUCUACUUGAGGGAACCUGAGAACAAUAUCCUGAAGGGCAUUGGUGUUUCCUAAACAUCAUCUAUAAGGACUUUCGGGCCACUCUCCUUACAUUGGACGUAGUGAAGCUCUUCUUGUAUUUCUAUCAAGCAUUAAUUUUAUGUUGCACUUCAAUGAAUCUAAUUAUACAAGAA